GAAUCCAUAGCUGCAUUUUUUCACCUCGUGAAUUUGAAUCGCCAACCAGGUUGGUCUGCAAGAACAGGCCAUGGGCCAAACCGCUGUCUCUCAGGCAGAGCAGGUCGGUGCGGUGACAGCUCCACCUGCCGUGGGGUCGAAGAAGGUGCAACAUGCGCCACGCACCGACGGCGUCCCGCCUCAACAGUCUUCGAUGCUAGGAGACAUUGUCUCUGUGGUGGUCGGCCGGAAGCUGGAAGACAUCGUGGAGCUCAAGAAAGGAAAACCCUUGGGCCAUGGGGCGUUUGGCACCGUUUGGAAAGGAAAAUUCCUUGAAGGCGGAAAAGCUGUGGCAGUCAAGACACUGGACAAGCAAAAGAUGAAGCAGUUGAAGGUUCCUGACAGUCUGGUGAUGUCAGAAGUUGAGUUCAUGGGCGAUUGCAAGGGUCAACAGUGGUUCGUCCAGCUCUAUGACUUCCUGGACACCAGCUCUUCAUUCCACCUGGUACUUGAGUACUGUGACGGCGGAAAUUUGGAGGAUGCUGCCCGAGCCUUGGAGGGCGGCUUCUCCGAGCUCCGAGCCUCGGAUCUCAUGAAGCAACUCUUGUCGGGAAUUUCCUUCCUGCACUCCAAGCAGAUUUGCCACCGAGACAUCAAACCGCAGAAUGCCAUGCUUUUGGGUCAUGUGCAGAAACCACAUGCACGUCUUCGACUUGGAGAUUUCGGGAUCGCGGUGCGCUUUCAGCCAGGGAAGUUGCUCACUGAAAAGCUGGGGACGCCAGCCUUCAUGGCGCCAGAGAUGCACAUGUUGCCUCGCUCUGCUGGCUAUGAUAGCAAGGUAGAUCUUUGGGCUGCUGGAACUUUCAUGGUCUUCUUGUUAGCGCUUGAGUAUCCGUUUGUGGACAACAAAGGCUGUCUUUUAAAAAACGAUCUUCUUCGAGGAGAUCUUCCGAUUUGGGAGGGUAAUGCCUUUCAAAGCCUCUUCAGGAACGUGCAGGAAGCCACGGGCCUUUGCAGAAAGAGGCCUUCACCGGUGGCACGUGACCUGGUUCGCCGCUUGCUGACGCCCAAGAGGCAGGUGCGUUGUAAUGCCAAAGAAGCCUUGCAGCAUCGAUGGAUCACUUCUCCUCCCAGCGAAACGCGGGCCGAUGAGGCGCAAGCGCAAGAUGCGCCUUUGCUCCAGUGGUCGGAUUUUGAGGAAGGCUUGACUGGAAUUCAGCGAGAAUUCCAGCGAGCUGCAGAGGAAGUUGUCCAGGCUGUCGAGAACAUUCAGAUUGGCAGCGACUUGGAGCAGCAAAUUCUCCUUGAUCCAAAAGACGACAGGCUCAAGAACUGCGUCGUUUGCUUUCAAGAGUCUGGCCACUUUGGCUUUUUCUGCAAGCAGUGCUAUCACAGCGUUUGCAUCCAAUGCUUGGUGAAGCUGCCAAAGCCUGAAUGCCCUCACUGCCGGAAGCCAGCAUCUGACGUAGCUGCAGCACAGCACCUGGCAAAGAUCGCGGAAGCCUUCGAUGCACAGGCUGCUCUUCAGGCAGGAAGUGUUGCGUGGAAAGCUGCGCUGGAGGUGGGCAGCAAUGUUGCUGAGAACUUGGGCAAGGUUGGGGCCGAUGCGGUGGUCGAUAUAGAUUUGGGCCACAUCAGGCCUGUCACAGAGGAGCAGCGCAAGCGCAGCAGUGCCUGCUGCGUGUGUGACACUCCAGCUGGAGCUACAAACCACGUUUGCCCCGAGUGCUUUGCUAGCGUGUGCUUCCCAUGUGCCAAGAAACUGAAGGAGCGCCAAUGUCCUUCCUGCGGUGAUGUUGAUCACAAUGCAGAGCCAUUGAAGCACUACCUAGCAGCUGCUGAGGCAUGGGAUGCUGCCAUGGGUCUAGCCACACGCGCAGGGGAGGGAGUGAUGAGUGCCUUGAGUACCGGCGCAGAGGCUUUGACCACAAGGGGUGCAAUUGCCACCAGCUUUGAUACCACUCCCACUGAUGGCGCUGAUGGUGGAGCUUUGACGUCGGAAUACGACCAAGCGCUUCGCCGAGCAAUCUCCGUUCAGGCACAAUUGCGAGUCUCCCAUGCCUGCGAACUUUGUAGUGCGCCAAGUUCAGCCUUUGAUUUGGCUUGUGGCAAAUGCGCAGUAUCACUUUGCUCCUCCUGUGUUCGAACACGACUGGGACCCGAUCCCUGCUGUCCUGGUUGUGGAGACCGGGAAGUGUUCAACGUCAAAGCAGUUCAAUUCCAGAGAAAUGCCUCACAGAUCUCAAGCUCAGCUUCUCAACUCUGGGAUGGGCUUCUCUACUUUGGCCAGGGCUUGUUCAACAUUGAGAGCACAGGGACGGAGCAAGUUCCAGCUGCGCCGCUUUUGGUGCCAGGGCCUAGGCACCAGCCACACUCGAAGGACCAAAACCUGCCACGCUUGGUCAUUGACGAUGGCGAGGUCACUACUGAAGUGUCACUUUGAUGAUUUCAGGUGCAGAUAUGCAACAUGUUCUAGGUAGAUGAAAUGACCAGAGCCUUGAACGGCUGAGCGCGCACUGUAGUUGAGACCUUGAAAGCACAGCAAACGCCAUGCUUCAGC